AUGGAUAGGGAAGAGCAUUCACUAGCUUACUUAGAUGAUAGUAAUCCAAUCCGUGGAUUAUUAAGAGAAAAUCAGGUAGGAGAGUGGAGUGAAGUACUGGAAAGCCACGGCGUAUAUACCGUAGGAUUGUUGCGUAAGGUAAAAUAUGCUGAUUUAGUCCAGUACGGUAUUACUGAAUUUGAACCACGCCGUAAGAUCUUUGAGCUGAUUAAACGGAUUAACACACAAAUGAGCAGUCAGUGCACUAUGCAAAGACCAUUAGAUAGUGCAGGCAGACCUUCUUUAGGCCUAAAAGGACAGCCAGGUACUUUAGAACCUAUGACACCAAUUCGACCAGGCCGUGUUUCUGUGCCCUGGGGCGAGUAUUCACCCCAAAGUACUCUAUGGAAGCGUAAAAGGGAUAUGGUAGAUGAGAUUAUGGAAGAGGCCGAGAAUAGUAUCAUUGAAGAGGCAGGAGGUAGGGAAGGGGACAGUAUCAUUGAAGACUCGCACUUAUCAAUGGCCUCUGAGGCUUCUAUUCUAUCUAAUAGUAGUGAGCCUUGGCUUAGCAAUUCUUUAGUGGAAGGAAAUACUAAUGUAAGACCAGAGUCAUACGAUGGUUCGCAUAAUGAGUUAGGAAAUAGUACUUCAAUGGAAGUAUCUGGUGGAAUAGGUAGUAGUGGAAUGGGUAGUGGUGGUGGUAGUGCUACUGAGCGUAUUACAGUGCUGGUUAGGAAAAGACCAAUGAAACGAGACGAUUUACGGGAUGCCAUUAUGAUUGAUGGUUCGGAAGUGAUUUUAACUGAGCAUAAACAACGCAUGGACUUAACGCCUUAUGUAGAACCACAUACCUUUUUAUUUGACCGGGCUUUUGAUGAACGGGCUAGUACUAUGGAUAUUUACCGGGAAAGUAUAAGGGGUCUAGUUGAUCAUACGCUUAGUGGUGGUAGUUCUACUUGUAUUGCUUAUGGCCAGACGGGGAGUGGUAAGACUUAUACUAUGUUGGAAGAGACAAAAGGAGUGAUUCCUUUAGCGAUUAAAGAUUUACUAGCUGGUGGAGAGAUUAAAGUUUCGUUUUAUGAGAUAUAUAGUAAUCAUAUUUAUGAUUUAUUAGAUAAGCGCAAACGAAUCUUUGCUCGGGAAAAGGAAGGAGUAGUUAGUAUUGUGGGUAUUCAGGAGCGGGUGACACGGACUAUAACUGAAGCCAUGCACUGGAUUCAAGAAGGUAAUGCUGCACGAAGUACUGGUCGAACGGGGGCUAAUACUAACUCUUCACGUUCGCAUGCUUUGUUUAGGGUGCGUAGUCAUGGGGGUAUCUUUACUUUUGUGGACUUAGCUGGAAGUGAGCGUGGAAGUGAACGGGCUUUGGAAGGUCAGCAACUACUAGUUAAAAGAGAAGGAGCUGAAAUUAAUAAGAGUUUGUUGGCGCUUAAGGAGUGUAUUCGGGCUAUGGAUAGAUCGGCGACUCAUUUGCCCUUUAGACAUAGUAAGUUGACUCAAGUGUUGAAAGAGUCUUUAAUAGGUAAUUCGAAGUGUUGCAUUAUUGCAACUGUAUCUCCGGAAUCUACUUCAUCAGAGCAUACUUUGAACACAUUAAGGUAUGCCUAUCGGAUUAGGGAGAUUGGCCAGCGGUCAGCAGAAAGCCGGGAGAGUUUAGAUGGACAGCGAGGUCAGAAACCAAGCACACCGCCUCGGGGGCUGAGCCAGCGGCCAUUGCAAAUCCCAAGAACGCCUACUGCUAAGCCUAAUCGGCCGGCAGCAGAUAUGUCCAGUCCACAGCGCAGCUUACCCAGUCACUUAACUACUCCCGGGGCUGUAUCCAAACGAAAAGCUGCGGUGCAACAAGCUUUAGCUGCUGUAGCUGCCCGGGUGGCUAGAGAAACCGAUGUUGAUGCUUUAGAUUGGCUCAAAAAUGGGCUUUUGGGCCUUGUUGACAAUAAUAACAUGAGAUACCAGAAAUAA